AUGGAUCUACGUAUAGUAAAAUUACUCUGCAUUAUGGCCUUUCAAUUUCUUGUCUACCAUCUCUUAUUGACGCUGAGUGACAUCUAUGUAGUAUACUUUAUCGAACGUAAUCGUGAUACCUAUAAAUUUUAUUGUCUUACAAAUGCUCGUUUAAUAACGUUUAAAGCAAUUUCACCUGAAGGUUGUUCUAAUCGAACAGAUUUAUCUUGUUCUCUUCAAAUGUGCAUAAAUGUUCAUUCUUUCUCGAUUAAAUUAGUAGAAGUUUAUCUUUCAUCGAUUCUCAUUGCCAUGAUAUAUACAUAUCAUCAAACUGUUCGUUUAUGGUCGUGUUUUUUUGCUUUAUUUGUUAUCAUAAUCACCAGUUUUGGCACUGAUUUUGUUCUUCUUUCUGAUAAAAUACUUUCUAUUAGUUUUACACUGUGUAUUGCAUUAAACAUUAUAUUGAUGUUUGCGACAGCAUGUAUGCCUUCAAUUAUCCAAGAUCCAUUAAGUUUUCUUUGUGGACCUGACGACUUAUCGAUUGAUCGCUAUGAAUUUCUUCAACAUGAUACUUCAAUACAAGUACGUUUUUAUCGAUGGAUACAGAAAAUGAAGAAACAAUGGAAUAUUGAAGAAGAAAAAUUAAUUGUAACUACGAUUGUUGGCAUAGUUACAAGUAGUAUUUGGAUAACUUAUGCUGUUUAUGUUUCUCCGUAA